AACUAAUAUCCCGUCCGUAGAGCGGGCCGACCCUAGUUAUUAAUUUAUAAUCAAGUUUGGUGGAACCUGAUAAGUUUGGUGGAACCUGAUGGUCUAAAGUUAUGGAUAUAAUAGUCCAUAUACAUAUCUUAUUAUAUUAGUCUUUGCAUCAAGAGACCUAGAUCUAUUAUCUGAAGACUAGUAACGUCGAGCCCCUAAAGCUAUUUAUCACGAGCCCCUAAAGCUGUUUAUCACGCUCAGUUUUUGUCUCAUAGUACAAGUUAAUUUAGGUUAGAAAAAGUGGUUAAGAUCCAGAACAUCAAGCAAAGGUGUGGACAUUAUCCGCAUAUGUAUACGCAAACAUAUAAAGUAUAUAGUAUGGUUAGAUUUUGUACGAAUAUAAGAAGCAGGAAUGAAAAUUAGAUCACAUAAAGACUACUUACAAUGGUUUGUUGUAAACCAUUUUAUAACAGUUGAAAGAAUUAAUCCUACAAUAAUGGUUUGUUGUAAUAAAAAAGGAAGUGAUGUGGCGUGAGAUGGCAAAUUUAGUGUUGAAAACUUUCAACACCCGUGAAAGUAGAAAGAAGAGAAUAAGUGUGACAAGUGUUGCAUUAUGAUUAAUUGCUUUGAUUUUCAUGUUUUUUUUUCCAUCUCAAUUAUAUAACUUCAAUUAUUUCAUAAUAUUUAUAAAUAAAUAUAUCAAAAUUUAUAUCGAAAUUUAUAAUUUAUCAUUCUCUAUAAAUAGAGACUACUUUCAUUUGAUUUGGACACAGAAAAAAACUCGUCUUUGAAAAAAAAAAGUUUAGUCUCUAAUAAACUUUUGUUUUAGCUUUAAAUAUCCGUUUACCUAAAUGGAUCCAAACAAUAACCCUUUCAACACCCAAAACUCUUCUAAUUACCCUUUUAACUAUCCAAAUCCCAACAACUAUCAGUUUCAAAAUCAAUCUCCCAACCAACCCCAGCAUAUGCCAAAUUAUGGUUAUCCACCAAAUUUCUUCAUGCCGUCAGCCAUUCCAAAUUAUCGUCCAUAUCAUGGAUCGAUGAUGUCUUAUCCAUCUCAAGCAUCCCCAUAUUCUUCUGCUCCAACGGGUUAUGUAGCUGAUUUGAAUGUUGGAGCAACUGAUUUUCCUGAGUUUUCUACACAGAUGGCUCUUGGUGAUAUUAGCGGUAUUCAUGAAGCCAUUCCAGAUGCAGAAGAUUCAACUCCUGCUCGUCGGAGAAGUCCGAAAUGGACCACUGAGCAAAAUUUGGUUCUACUGAGUGGGUGGAUUAAAUUUGGAACAAACAGCAUUAUUGGCAAAAACCAAAAAGGUGAGUCAUACUGGGGUAAAAUUGUUGAAUACUGUAAUGAACAUUGCUCAUUUAAUCCUCCGCGUGAUGGAGAAGCAUGCAGAAAUCACUAUAACUAUGUUAACAAAAGCGUGAACAAAUGGGUUGGCGCUUAUGAUAACGCUAAACGUAUGCACCAAAGCGGGUGGUCGGAAGAUGAUGUAUUGGCGAAAGCGCAUGAAUUAUAUUCAAGUGCUGGUAAAGGAAGUUUCAAAUACAUAAAAGAAUGGCUCGCUAUACCUGAUCAACCACGUUAUGGUAGUCAGGUAGGAGGAAAUACUGGCUCUGGAAGCAGUGGAUCUAAAAGGUCCCGUGAGAGUGAUGCUAGUGACUCAAACUCUGUAGGAUCUAGUGCUCGUCCAAUGGGAAGAGAUGCUGCUAAGAAAAAGGCUAAAAAGAAAGGUAAAGGUGCAUCCUUGGAAGUGGUCAACGAAGAGUGGAAUGAAUUUAAAGAAUUCAAGGCACAAGAGUUGGAUCGGUUGGACAAAAUAGUUAUGAUGCAAAAUGAAGCAAACCAAUUGAUUAAGGAAAAAACUCAGGCUAAAAAGAUGAAGAUGUUUAUCAAGAUAACUGAAAAGGAGAAUCUCGAUGACAAGAGCAAAGAGCUGUUGCAGAAAUUGACCCCUUACAAGAGGCAGUCUGAAAUUGAAGAGAGGUAUAUCAUCAACCGGUUUAGGGAGCGUCGAAACAAGAUAGAGGAAGACUAUGCAGCUCGUAGCAAGAGAAAAUACUUCAAAAGAGAUCAUGCAGCAGCAAAUCAAAGACUAAUUGACGACUACUUUGCCAAUCAACCUACAUAUGACGAUGCAAUAUUUCGUCGGCGAUUCCGGAUGCGAAAACAUAUUUUCCUUCGGAUCGUUGGAGACCUAUCAAGCAGCGACAACUACUUUACCCAACGAUCUGACGCAGCCAAGAAAGAAGGUAUAUCUCCAUUAGCAAAAUGUACUACGGCCAUGCGAAUGUUAGCUUAUGGUGUGGCAGCUGACGCGGUGGAUGAAUACAUCAAAAUUGGAGGUACUACUGCUUUAGAGUGCUUGCGAAGAUUUUGUAAAGGAAUCAUACGGCUGUAUGAGCAAGAGUAUCUCAGAGCCCCAACUCAAGAUGACCUCCAGAGAAUUUUACGUGUUAGUGAGAUGCGAGGGUUUUCGGGGAUGAUUGAGAGUAUUGAUUGCAUGCACUGGGAAUGGAAAAAUUGUCCUACAGCGUGGGAAGGUCAAUUUACUCGGGGAGAUAAGGGAACCACAACUGCUAUUCUUGAAGCAGUUGCAUCUCAUGAUCUAUGGAUCUGGCAUGCUUUUUUUGGAUGUCCGGGCACGUUGAACGAUAUAAACGUUCUAGACCGUUCACCGGUGUUCGAUGAUGUUGAACAAGGAAAUACUCCAAAAGUGAAUUUCUUUGUGAACCAACGUCCAUAUAAUAUGGCUUACUAUCUAGCUGAUGGUAUCUAUCCUUCUUAUCCUACUUUUGUCAAAUCAAUUAGGUUACCUCAAAGUGAACCAGACAAGUUAUUUGCACAACGUCAGGAGGCGUGUCAGAAGGACAUCGAACGUGCAUUUGGAGUUUUGCAGGCUCGAUUUAAAAUCAUUCGUGAACCAGCUCGCCUGUGGGACAUAGCCGAUUUGGCUAUCAUCAUGAGGUCGUGUAUCAUAUUUCAUAAUAUGAUUGGUGAGGAUGAACGAGAGACAUAUGCUCAACAUUGGACUGAUUAUGAUCAAUCUGAGGCAAGUGGGCCGAGUACACAACAACCAUUCUCGACCGAAGUGCUACCCGUAUUUGCAGAUCAUGUGCGUUCUAGAUCCGAGUUGCGUGAUUCAAAUGUACAUCACGAAUUGCAAGCAGAUCUAGUCAAACACAUAUGGGCCCAAUUCGGAAUGUUCCGUGGUGAAUGAGAUUUUUAAUUUUGUGAGUUGAGAUUAUUGUACUAAUUAAGUUAUGAGUGUUUCCUUACUUGUUGUGUGCUUAUUGUAUUGCAUUUUAAAUCUAUGUUCACUGUAUGUGUUUUAGUAAUGACUAUUUCUAUUUCUCUUUUUUUAUUAUUUGUAUAAAAAAAUUAAAAUAAUAUAUAAAAUUAAAAGCAAAUAUUAAAACUAAAAGUAUUUUAUAAAAUUAUUUAAUUUUACUUAUUUAUAUUUAAUUUGAUAUUAACGGUGAUUAAUAAUAUGUAAUCACAAAAAACAUAAACAUAAAUAAAAUGAAAAAUAUGAAAUAAAAAUGGUGGGGUAAGGUGUUGUAAUUUUAUUAAACAAAACUAUUGUAGAAGGUAAAAGUUAUGUAAAUGUUGAAUAAUGAUGUGGAAGAGAGAGAAGAUGAGGUGGAGUGUUAAAAGGAAAAAAAUGGGUGUUGUAAAUGACUAACCAUUGUAGAUAGUUAAAUGAGAAAGAAAAAGACAAUUGUCACCUAACUAGACGUCCGAAAAGACCAAUUAAAACUGGCGCUACUUUCGAAAUUGUAACAUAACCGUUGAAGAGAGACGAGAAAUCAGAAAUAAAAUAAUUGGUGGUGGUCGUUGACAAAAAGAAACAAAAAAAAACCAAUUAGUGGUGGUUGUAAGAAUAAAGGAGGGUAAAUUUGGAAGUUAGUAUUUUGUCUUGGGACAGAACGUGAAGCUGAGAUUCAUGCGACACAAGCAAAAGCACAGAUUUGUAUAUUCAUUUUUUUGUUAACAUUUAUAUAUUCUUUUAAAAAGCAUUUAUGUGUGAAAAAAUAUAUUUCUUCCUUUUUAGUAUAAAUUAGAGAAUUUUAGCUACAGUUUAAUCAAGGGCAAAUCUCCAAAAUAGCACAUUUCUAAGUUUAUAUCACAAAAAUAGCACUCAAAAACUAAAAUGACCAAAAUAGCACCUUUCUAAGUUUAACCUUUGAA